AUGGACAAGGCUGAUAAUAAGGUGCUGAUUUCGUCACAGGAUGAAGAAGGUUAUGAUGAGCCCAAAUCCUCCUCUCUCCAUGCACGAAAUGACAAUCUUCAAUCUGAUGACAAUCGAGAAGAAAAGGCAGAAAUGAGGUCUACUCCCAGUACCAUCAGGAGCAAACCAACCCAAUCCCCUGAUUCCUCCUCUUCCAACAAAAGCAACCCGACAAAUCAAUCUGUUCGAUCCCAACAAGUAGACAACCAGCUCUUGGCAUUGUCAUCACGAAAACCGCGCAAGGAAACCGUUGAAAACGACAGCAAGGCCCACAAAAAAGAAAGAAGUAUAAUGGAACCUUUGGCGAGAAAACCAAAGUCCGAAGUAGAAGCUCUUGUCAAGGAAUCUGUACGUGAUGUGGCGUCCGAGGCGGACGUGACACGAAUCGAAGAAGAGGUCGAGGCUCGUGUCAUGCGAAAACUUCUUCAUGAACGUCAACAAUACGUUCUUCGGGAUGAGUGCAAUAACCAACAGUAUGCAGCAGCUGAAGAAGAGUCCAAGACAGAGAUUGAAGAUGAGGCAGAUCAGCAACAACCCCUGCCAAGCUCUCCCAGGACAAGAAGACUGCGACCUGCACGACACCUCGUGCUACCCUGUUCUGUUCCGCAACAAGCCAAAACUGCUACUGCCAGUAUCAUUUCUUCCUCCACAACCCCGCUCCCCUUUCUGCCCGGAGCUGUCCGGAUAGCGGGCAUGAAUGGCGCCGUUACCGAUUCGUCUGAGCUUGCCAGUGGUAGCAUGGCAUUGGCAAACGAUGAAGAGAAUCCAAUGGAUCAAUCAUCCAUGACACGAACUACAUGUAGUAUGCAGUUGCCACAACCAACAGUCCCAGCAUACUUUCAAGACGAAAUCAUGCUGGAGGCUACUUUGGUCGACUCAAUUCGCAGAAUGGGCACCUCCGUCAAUAGCGCCCCCGAUAGCCGGUUGAUUGUGGAGGCAAAACCAAUCGACGAGGAAACCACAGACUUGCAGUGCCGUGAUGUCGUGAGAAGCAAGAAGCUUUGCAGGCGGAUUGUGUUGUGUGUCAUCCUCAUUGUGUGUGUCCUCUUGGCAAUUCUCUUACCGAUUGUCAAGCAGAAAGAAGAACUUUUCGAAGCGAUGCAACGGGAACAAAACGAUAAUGCACCACAGGAAUCGCCGGAGCCGCAGGAACCAUUUCAGAGUGACCUGCCUCCGGUAGUACUCCGAAACCUGGAGGAUCCAAACAGUCCUCAAUCAUGGGCAAACAGUUGGAUCAUGGGAGAUCCCAACUUUGCAAACUAUUCCACCGAAAAACAACGCCAGAGGUUUGCCCUAGCCGCAUUGUACCGGUCCACAAAUGGUGAUGACUGGAUCCGAAACGACAAUUGGCUCGAUUAUGACGCGGAUGAAUGCACCGAGUGGCAUAUGGCUCACGGCAACAACAGUUCUUGCGACGAUGAGGGGAGGUUGGCGGUGCUCAAUCUGACAAGCAACAACUUGCGAGGCACUCUUGGUCAAACCAUGUACCUGCUCGCAUCUUUGAAAGUAGUCGAUAUGAGCGACAACAAACUAGCUGGCAACCUUCCGCCGCUGUCUCUCGCGGCUCGGCAACUUGAAGUUGUUGACUUAUCCAAUAAUCAGCUUUCUGGAAUCCUGGCGUCUGAAUUGGGCUUCUCCAACUCCAAAUUGCGAAUCUUGCGGAAUAGCAAUAACCGGCUUUCUGGCGAUUUCCUAUCAUCUUUGACGAUCAUGGCGCCGAACAUUGUGGAAUUUGAUGGAACGGGCAAUCUUUACGGCGGUACCAUCCCUGAAUUGAUGGGCACCCUUUCCAACCUUGAGGUUCUCCGUUUUGGGUACAACGACAGAGUGCAUGGAACUAUACCGUCAUCCAUUGGCAGCCUGGAGCGGCUUAGAAUUCUAGACUUUCCGGGAACGCAAAUAUCAGGAACGGUGCCAUCGAAUUUUGAGUCCUUGCAACUUCUACAAUCAGCAGAGUGGAGUAACACAAACUUGACAGGGGAGCUUCCUGAGGCUAUUUGUAAUCUGCAGGCGAUGGGGCAGCUGGAGCUUUCUGUCAAUUGUGACAUGGUCCAGUGCUGCGGAUAG